AUGGCUUACAAUCUUCAAUCCCUCAUCACCAUCCUUGAAGGCAUUCUGGAUCCCAAACAAACACGCUGGAUUCUUGGACGUAAGAAACCACAACUCCAAUCCCUCCUCGAAAAAGCUUCUUCCCUGCAGCAGAUUCUCGAAAAAACUCCACUCACCAAAAUACCAAGCCUGGAGAGCCGAAUCAGAGAUGUAGCAAAUGAAGCAGAAGAUAUCAUUGAAUCUCACAUGGUUGAACGAAUGCUUUCGAUUUAUGAAAGCGUGAGCUUCAAUCUGCUGACACCAGAUGUGCUGCUAGUGACACAAAAACUUGAUUCUGUUAUCGAACAAGUUGUGAAGCUCGUGGAGGUGGAGACAAACAAGAAACCCACUGGCAGCUCACGGAGUGGUGCUUCUUUCUCGAGUUCAAAGAGCAUCGUGGAGGGGAAGACGAUGCCGAGUGGCAGUUCAUUGAGCGGAGCUUCUCAGUUGCAAGACCCGAGUUCGAAGAGCGUCUUGGUGGGAGUUGAUGAAGAUCUGAUGCAGUUGAAGGAUCGGCUGACCGGGAUGCAGAGCAAGCUGGAGAUCCUGCCUAUUGUUGGUAUGGGUGGUAUAGGUAAAACCACUCUUGCUCGAAAACUUUAUCAAGAUCCUUCCAUUCUUGAGCACUUUAGCUAUAUUGCUUGGGUCACAAUCUCACAAGAUUACGAGAUGCGAGCAAUCCUAUUGGGCCUUAUUCGUUGCAUAAUUGCAGGUGAUUGUGGUGGGCUUCCCCUGGCCAUCCAUGUGGUCGGAGGGCUAUUGUCUAAGAUGGAAAGAUCUGAAAAUGUUUGGGAGAGAAUUGAGAGCGACGUUAGUGCUGCAAUUUCUGAAUCAGACGAGCAGUUCUCUAAUAUACUGUCUUUGAGUUAUAACCACUUGCCGAAUCAUUUGAAACCGUGUUUUCUGUAUAUGGGAGCAUUCCCUGAAGAUUACAAGAUUGAGGCCUCGAGACUCAUAUGGAUGUGGGUGGCUGAAGGGUUUGUGAAAUCAAAUGGAGAUAAAAGUUCGGAGGAAGAGGCAGAGGAUUAUCUAAAGUCUCUGGUGGAGAGGAAUGUAAUUAUGGUUAGAAAUUACAAGUAUGGAAAAGCAGAGAGUUACAGCAUGCAUGAUCUGUUGAGGGAUGUAUGCAUUAGGAAAUCUGAGGAGGAGAAAUUUCUACAUGUCAAGAAUAGCUCCAAUGUGGCCUUCUCCAACCCUCGCCGUGUGAGUUUUCACACAUCACAGGGAAUGGAAGAUGUUAACGCCUCAGCAGAGUCCAUGUCGCGUGCUCGAUCUUUUAUAGGCAUUGGUGGUACGUAUUGGACCCCGUCCGAUGAUUUUUUCGCCUUGAGAUUGCUAAGGGUGCUGGAUGUAUUCGAUAUGAAGUUCGAAGAAGAUUUCCCAACACAAAUAUUUCAACUCUUCAACCUACGCUUCUUAGCUUUCUCCUGCGAUUCGAAAGUACCUAGUGGGAUAUCAAGGUUGUGGAAUUUGCAGACCUUGAUUGCUAGCUCCCGCGAUUUUGAUGUGCCGUCUGAGAUAUGGGAGAUGCCUGAGUUAACACAUCUCAAGAUGAAUGGAUUCGUGUAUUUCGAUGAUUCGUACACGAAAAAGAUUGUUCAGAAGAAGCUGCAGACGAUUCCAUGCGUGGUUGUAACAGAUCGGGUGAUUAGGAGGGGUUUCUUCGAAAGCAUUCCAAAUAUCAAAAAGUUGGGAAUAUGUGAUCGCAUACAAACAUCUCUUCAAUUUGAUCUCAGCCAUCUUCACAAACUGGAAACAUUGAGGUGCAAAUCUGGACGCCUUGGAUCCUAUAUCCGAGAUCCUAAAUACCAUUUCGGCUUUCUGGGCAGAUUUAGAUUUCCUGGUAAUAUCAGAAAACUAUUUCUUGAUAGCUGUGUAAUACAGAUGGGAUUCUUGACGACUGUGUGUGCACUGCAUCAUCUGGAAGUGCUCAAGAUAAGCUUAUGCAAGUUCGAAAGCGAGGAGUGGGAGGCAGCGGAGGGAGAUGAGUUCCGGUCACUGCAGUUUCUACUACUCAAUCAUUCAGAUGUGGUGCGUUGGAGAGCUGAUGAAACCAACUUCCCUAGACUUCGGCAUCUCAUUAUACAACAUUGUAGGGAGCUAGAGGAAAUCCCCGCCGGUAUUGGAGAAAUCCCAACCCUCCAAUUAAUCGAGUUAGAAAGGUGCAACGAUUCUGCAGUGACCUCGGCGAAACAGAUUCAGGAAGAGCAGCAAUCUGAAUACGGAAACUACGACCUCCAACUUCGAAUCUCAUAGGUCACUCUUAUUUUCACUUACUCUUCGUGUUUAAACUCAUUUUGAUUUCUCCUUUCCUAUUGUUGCUUGACUAUCUAUUUUGGUCUAGACGAGCACUCUUUUUCCCCUUUGAUAUUUUUCCAAACUGGGUUUUUGUUAUGGGGGUUUUGAUGAGGCUCGGCCCUUUCAAUCUUUGGUUUGUAUUGUCCAAGGAUUUUGGUUGGUUUUUCCUCUUGUCGAUGUUUCACCAUAUAUGUUUUGUUAACUGAGGCCAAGUUAUUUAAUUUGGAGUUUCGGUUGGAUUAUGAUUUUAAA